GAUCCGAGGAAGCCAGCCACAGAGCUCUGCCAGCCCUGAGCCCCUGAGCCACCCUGUGCCAGCUCAAAGUCACCUUUUCUUCAACUCUUCUGCUAGCCAGCCAGAGCCAGCCCAGAACCCCCUCCCGCUCAGCUCGGCAGGAACCAGGAACCGGCCCUUAUUGGGCAAUCCUUGGUCAGAUUCUUGACAUUCCUCAGCCCCAGGUUGGCUCCGGAAGCAUGCUCCCUGGAGGAGGAGCAGAGACCCAGGCCUGGCAUUUGGACAUGCAGCUGACAGGCAAGGUGGUGCUGUCCGCCGCUGCCCUGCUCCUGGUGACCGCAGCCUACAGGCUGUACAAGUCCAGGCCUGCCCGGGGCCCCCUGCCUGGGGCUGAGGAGAAGGGAGAGGGCUCCUCUGGGCAGCCUGCCUCCCAGGGGGCUGUUCCCUGGGUGUCACUCUGGGACCUGAGGCGUCGGAGGAGAAGCAAGGCAGCUGGAGCGCCACUGGGCUGUGGCCGGGAGCACCCAGGCAGCUCCUGGGUCCCAGCAACGGGGGCCUCUGCCAGGGACUCCGAAGCCCAAGUGACUCAGAAGCCUGAGGAGAAAGGCACUGGUGAGGAGUGGGGCGGGCAGUGCCCAGACUCUGACCUGGCGCCUCCGCGUUGCAGUGGCCAGGAAGCCGGAACAGCUGCUGGUGGUAAGCCUGAGCAGCCCCACCACUCCCAUUUUGGCAGUGAACCCGAAAGCUCCCCAGCCAACCUCACUGUGGUAGACAGCAGCCGUGUGGGUGGUGAGCCUCCUCCAUGGCAAGACAGCAGACCCUCUGAGCAGCCUGGCACUGGGGAGCAGGAAUCCCCUCGCCAGUGCCAGAUGGCCCACAUGGAAGGCAAGAGUGACCUGAACAAGGGCUGGGUCUUUGCCCACAUGACAGGGGUCUACAGGGAGGAGGCUGGGACCCUCCAGGCUGCCUCAGACAUGGGCCUGGCCCUGCGUCGGCAGCAGGGGGCCACCAAUGCCUCCUACACCUUCUCAUCAGUGGCCCAGGUUCGUGUGCAGGAGAAUUUCAUACGGGAGAAGGUAGAGGGGAUCAGGCCCAGGCUGAAGGGCAAGGUGUAUGAUUACUAUAUUGAAUCCAUUUCUUGGGCCACCUCCAAGGGCAGGCAGGCCCCCAAAGCAGCAGCCCUGGCUGAGGUGCCACCUCCUGCGUCACUGCCAGGGCCCCUGGGAACAGCGGCAGCCUUGGGAAGCCAUGCUGAUGGUAGAGAAGAUGGGGCCCAAACAGUCACCACCUCCCAGCCUGCGCUGUCCUCCCCGCAAGGCUUCAGCAGGAAGGGGAGCCUUCUCCAGAUUGUGGAGAACCCAGAGCUGCAGCUGCAGCUUGAUGGCUUGGGGGCCCCGGAUCCGUCCUGUCCAGACCAGGGUGCCAUGCCCAGCUGCCCCACCUCCAGGGGUUCUCUCGGGUCAGGCACAGAUGAAAGUAGUGGUGAGCCCCACGUGCAGCUUGUGGCCAGGACCAAUUUCUUCCACCUCCCCCUCACCUCCAGUUCAGCCCCAGAUGUCCACUUGGACCUGGGCAAUUGCUAUGAGGUACUGACCUUGGCCAAGAGGCAGAACCUGGAGGCCUUAAAGGAGGCGGCCUACAAGGUGAUGAGUGACAACUACCUCCAGGUACUGCGCAGCCCAGACAUCUACGGGUGCCUGAGCGGGACAGAGAGGGACCUGAUCCUCCAGAGACGGCUCCGGGGCCGUAAGCACCUGGUGGUGGCUGACGUGUGCCCCCAGGAAGACUCUGGCCGCCUCUGUUGUUAUGAUAAUGAGCAGGGCAUCUGGUGCCCGCUGGCCUCUCUGCCCCCCGAGGCCGUGUCCCGUGGCUGUACCAUCUGCAGUCUUUUCAAUUAUCUCUUUGUGGUGUCUGGUUGCCAGCGGUCCUGGGGCCAGCCUUCCAACCGUGUCUUCUGCUACAAUCCACUGACUGGGAUCUGGAGUGAGGUGUGCCCACUGAAUCAGGCCCGGCCGCACUGCCAACUAGUGGCCCUGGAUGGGCACCUGUACGCCAUUGGGGGUGAGUGUCUGAACACAGUGGAAUGCUAUGACCCUCGCCUGGACCGCUGGACCUUUGCCCCACCGCUCCCCAAUGACACCUUUGCCCUGGCACACACAGCCACCGCGUGUGCCGGUGAGAUCUUCGUCACGGGUGGCACACUGCGUUACCUGCUGCUCCGCUUCUCAGCCCAGGAGCGGUGCUGGCGGGCCAGCCCCACAGGAGGCGGCAAGGACCGCACAGUGGAGAUGGUGGCAGUCAACGGCUUUGUCUACCGUUUUGACCUGAACCGCAGCCUGGGCAUCAGCGUGUACCGCUGCAGUGCCAGCACCCGCCUGUGGUAUGAGUGUGCCACGUACCGGACACCUUACCCAGACGCCUUUCAGUGCGCCGUGGUGGACAAUCUCAUCUACUGCGUGGGGCGCCAGCGCACACUCUGCUUCCUGGCUGACAGUGUCUCUCCCAGGUUUGUGCCCAAGGAGCUGCAGAGCUUCCCCUCCCCACAGGGCACACUCCUGCCCACCGUCCUGACCUUGCCCAUUCCUGAUGUGCCUCAGACCAGGGUCUAGAUGCCCCUGCUGGGCUCCUCUUGUGAAACUGGCAGGCAAUCGCAUGCCCUACCCACCACUCCUGGGGCCAUGUCUGGGAAAUCAGGUGGCCCAGAAAUUGAGCCAGCACUAGGGGAACUCCAAUCCUACCUCUUCCACUGGCCAGGGCCCUGGGGUGUGUCUUUGCGGUGAGAUGCAGAGGCCCAGUGUGAAAACAGAAGUAGGGACAGGUGUUCCAAGGCCAGGGCAGCCAUGUAUGCACCUGCUUCAAAUCUGAACUCUUGUGGGGAGGUAUGCCAGGACCCCAGCAAAGAUCAGGGGCACGGCCUCAUCACAACCAUGGUUCCGAAUGCUACUUGACCCCCAAUAACCCUUCAAGCUGACCCCACUGCAGAUGGGCCAGUUCUCUAUAAGCUACCAGGCCCCCUUUCUAAACAGUGUCCCUUGAGCCCCUACCUCCAAGUUUCCCAGAAGCAUCUGGGACAGAAAGGUAGGAAAAAAAUAGAAGGAUGAGGUUCUGGCAGGACCAGGAAGGGGCCCAGAGGAGCUCCAGGGUGCCCAGCCAGAAGGCGAGAUGGUUAGAAAAGUAGAACAGCUAAAGCUGGAGGUGCCAGUGGGGACCUUUGUCUGCAGAGUAAAUUUACCAUUGCCUGCUUCACUUUUUCUCAUUAUCUAUAAUUCUAGGAUACUGGAAGGAGAAACCUCCAUUUUUAGCAGCCAUUUGAAAAGGCACAUCUUCUAGUGGUCUACUAAGAAUCCAAUUGAUUUGAUAUAGGAGAGGGAGGGGGAGAUAUGAUCCAAGUGCACCACCCUCCUGGGCCCCUGUCCAGACCCUCUGCAGUUGACCACUGCAUUCUCCCGGGGCUCAGGACCCUCCACCAUGCAGCUCUCCCAGCAACCCCGUCCUCACAUCUGGGAGCUGUGGGCAGCCACUACCAGUCAACUCGACCAGGCUGGUGAGAGGUGAUGGCAUAAUUUGCCCUCCUCAUGCCAUGUGGUCACCUGGUCUGCCUCAUCAGACAGGAGAGGACCAGGGAGGGGCAGGACCCUGAAGGAGCUGAGAAACUAGAAGGUUCUAGUGGUGCAUCAAGAGAUUGGGAUCUUUCACAUCAGGUUUAGUAAAUUCCCAAAGGGAGGAGACACACCAACCUCAAGAAGUUAUUCAUUCUUCCUGGAGGGAAGGGAGGGAGGCAGGUCCAAUCUGCCAGCAUAGCCUUGUUCCACGCUGAGGGGGAUACAUAUACAGAUAGAAAAGCAGUGACGCCCUUGGAGGAGACGGGGGCACCCCAGGGCAGAGCCUGACAAGAGGAGAGAGAAGGAAGGAAGCUUCGGGCUUCAGCAUCCCUACCUUGAAAAUGGGAUUGGACAAUUCAUGCCCUUCUCUGCCUUGGGGACGAAUGAGAUCCCCUGGAGAAAGUUCUUCCCUAGUUCUGGGCGGUCUUAGCAGGAGCCUGUGUACCCUGCAGCUGCCGGGGCUGGGCUGGGGGUCUUUUUGGAAGAUGCAGGGUUGGACCAAAGAAUGAGAAGCAUGUUGGCAUGGAGAUGAGCAGACACCACUUGAGGCCCCCAUUCCUAUUCCUGGUCCCAGGAAAGUGAGGUCGCUUAGUUCGUCCUACACUGGAAACUGGGGGAGGAGAGUUAGCUGGGACUGUGGCCAGUGCAGGAGGACAGUCACCUACCCCCCAAAACUAUGCUCAAGCUCAGAGUCAACACUCAGGCAUGAACCUCCAAGGGACUCAUGGUGGGGUGGAGUGUGCCUCAGUGGCAUGACUGGCAGUGGCAUUAGCAUUGUGAUGCCAAGCUGCAGUUUGCUGGGGAGACAAACUCCACCUGGGAGCAGGGGG